AUGGAUAAAGAAAUUAGCCAAAGUAACCGCGAUGUGGAUGGAAACAAUGAACCGGGUGAUUGGGUUGAUUGGAAUGGAUUAGGAGAUCCUGCCAACCCAUUGAACUGGCCAAUUUCACGGAAAUGGGUAACCAUAACACUAGUCUCCGUCAAUACCUUCAAUGUAUCGAUCGCAGCAAGCAUCUUUGCUCCUGGAAUUCCGCAAGUAUUGCGUGAUUUCCAUUCCACCAACUCGGAACUUUCAGCUUUCAUGGUGUCGGUUUACAUCGUCGGAUUUGUUAUUGGACCCUUGGUAUUCUCACCAACCAGUGAAAUCUACGGCCGGCUUCCAAUUACUCACGCGUCAAAUAUCUGUUUCGUGAUUGCUACAGUUCUGUGUGCGGUAUCAGUGAAUAUGACGAUGUUGAUCGUAUUCCGACUGCUUAUGGGACUCUCUGGCUGUGUACCAGUGACUCUAGGGGGAGGGAUUAUUGCAGACUUGAUGCCAGUUGAGAAACGGGGCACAUCGCUUACAAUUUGGGCCAUUGGCCCUUUACUGGCGGGUAUAGCCACAAUUGCGUGCUGGUUCUUCAUGGAGGAGACCUAUUCGCCAACUAUUCUCCAACAGAAGGCGGACAAAUUGCGAAAAGAGAGCGGUCGCAAUCUAAAGACGAAGUUUGACAAAGGUCUAACAGUAGGACAGCUCAUAUCAACUUCUAUUGCGCGGCCAUCCAAGAUGUUGAUACAAUCUCCCAUUGUGCUCAUUCUAUCUUUAUACCUUGCUGUUGUUUACAGCUAUCUAUACCUAUUGCUAACGACUUUCCCCAAAAUAUUCGAAGAUCUCUAUGGUUUCAAUUCGGGCGAAGCAGGGCUGGUUUACUUGGGACUCGGCGUAGGGUUCUGUAUCGGCCAGUUCUCUGUCGGCCCUGUCUCAGACUGGUACAUUAAAAGACAAAGGGAACUCCAUGGAUCAACUCAGCCUGAAGAUCGUCUGCCUCCGUUAAUACUAGGGUCCUUCCUGGUCCCAAUCGGCCUCUUCUGGUACGGUUGGUCAGCUAAUGCCCAGUCACAUUGGAUAGUUCCUAUUAUUGGAACAACGUUUCUUGCUCUGGGAAUGGAGUGUAUGUUCCUUCCAAUUCAGAUAUAUUUGAUUGAUACCUUUACUAUCUAUGCUGCUAGUGCGAUUGCUGCUAAUACUGUUGUCCGAUCUUUGUUUGGAGCGGUAAUUCCCCUAGCUGGCAAUGCUCUAUAUAUGCAGUUGGGGUUAGGCUGGGGUAACAGUCUUUUGGCAUUCAUUGCCAUUGCAUUUGUGCCUUUUUCGAUCUUCCUUGUCAAAUUUGGGGCGAGAAUUCGCAUGAGCCCGAGGUUCCAGGUGAAGCUAUGA